AUGUGUGUAUUUGUAAUGACACACACAGAACAUCAUCCAUCAGCUGAUCAGAGGACAGUCCAAAUAUUAUUUGUUAUUCCACCAUCAGAAAAUUUCCAAAGUGAUUAUGAUACUGAUCAAUUAUUAUGUUAUUGUAAAUAUGGAACUAAAUUAGAGAAUGAUGGACAAUUAUGUGUGAAUGACCAAGGAUGUAGUACCAUUAUAAAAUUGGGAAACAAAUUAAAUCACGAAGCACAAUGUAAAUUUAAUCCAGCCAACACUAGAUUUGAUGAAGAUGGAUUCGUUAUGUUUUCCGGAAGUCAAUCACCAACCUUUUCAUCGCCAUCCUAUCAAUCGAUUGAUAGUUUACCAUUUUCACCUUCUUCUUCAUCUCCUUCAUCACAUUCUCAUUCUCAUUCUUCCUCCUCUUCCUUUUCAUCCUCAUCAUCGUCAUCAAAUUCUUCUUCAGGAUCAAGAUUAAAUUCUCCAAGUAAAUCACCAAACAAGUCUCCAUUUUCAUUAUCAGAUGAUCAUUCAACAUCAACCACUUCUACAACUUCCACAUCAUCAUCAUCAUCAUCAUCGACAUCAUUAUCAUCACCAUUUAGAGAACAUGUAGAAGAUCAUCCACUUGCCAACAACAACAACCAAUUGUGGGAGUCUAGUACACAAAUGUUCUUUUGCAAUCGAUUCUGUCCCAACAAGGAAUUGGGAUGCAUGUUCUUUGCAAACUCUGAGGAUAAUAUCCAAUACCACCUCGAACACGAGUGCCAAGCUGAAAGAAUGAAACUUCGAAUCAGUCAACUAGAGACUAUCAUUGAAAAGAGAGAGACAGAAAUUGUCCAACUUCGAAAGUCAUCAACCUUUUUUUCGUCAUCACCAAUGUUAUUGGAUCACAAUCGUCAUAAUACUAGUAUUAAUAAUAGUCUACAACACCACUACCACAACAGCAGCGGUGGCAAUUUCAACGUCUCUGGUCAUCUUUCCAGCAACAAGAAUAAUCAAAUAUCAAAUUCCAAUCAAUUUUCAUCUAUUCUUUUAUUUAUUCUAAAGUCUAUCAAAAAAAGUAUUUCAAAAGGUAUUCAAAAAUUGAAAAGAUUCUUUAAGAAUUCAUCCUCCUCCUCCUCCUCUUCUUCUUAUUCUUCAUCUCCAUAUGAAGCUUUGUUUUAA